UCAACACACCCUAUGUUAUACUUGAGCAUCUUAACACUUAUCAGGAAGAGAUUGUUACUUGUUAUUAUACUGACUCGCUUCUUUUUUGACAAAAGCAAAAGAAUCAGAGAUCAAUGAAGAACGGAGAGAAAAACGUCCAACAAUGAUUUAUGAGUAGUUUAGUUCUGAGCAGACAGCAGAUCUUAUUUGAAACUAUCGUUCACAAGUAAAGUUUAGAUAGCUGGAGCUCAAACUGUCAAAAUGGCGUCAAUGCAUGUAUCUUCAGAAGAACUUUCUUGUCCUGUGUGCUGUGAAAUCUUUAAGUCUCCUGUUCUUCUGUCAUGUAGUCACAGUGUCUGUGAAGAGUGUCUUCAACAGUUCUGGAGAACCACCAAAACUCAGGAGUGUCCUGUCUGCAGAAGAUCCUCAAAACUCGAACCUCCAGUUAAUCUUGCACUAAAAAACUUGUGUGAGUCAUUCCUGAAGGAUAUCCGUUCAUGAGGGUCUGAGGAGAUCUGCAGUUUACACAAUGAAAAACUCAAACUCUUUUGUUUGGAGGACAAACAGCCUGUGUGUGUAGUGUGCAAAGAUUCACUGAAACACGCCAAUCACACAUUCAGACCCAUCAGUGAAGUUGAUCCAUCAUAUAAGGUCAGUUCUUCUCUACUCUGCCCCAGCAUCACCUCUAAGGACUCCCAUUUACAGUGUUGGUCAUCCCGCAAAAAUAUGAUCAGUUUAAAUAAAAUUGAUGAAAUACGCAAGAAAAGCAUCUUAAUUGAAAAUGGAAAUCCUGCUCGAUACCGUCUGCAAAAAAAUGCAGACAAUUUGGAUCAUCCUGAACCAUAUAGAAAAAUCACCUUUGGGAACAGAGACAAACAGAAACCCCAUAAAAUCAUUCUGAUGGUGGGAGAAACAGGAACGGGAAAAACAACCCUGAUCAAUGCGAUGAUCAACUACAUGUUGGGUGUUCAGAGAGAAGACAAGAUUUGGUUUGAGAUCACAGAUGAUCAGAGUGACCGAACAUCAGUCCACAGUCAGACCUCCAGCGUCACUGUUUAUGGGUUUUAUCCACAAGAGAGUCCAAUCGAUUUAACAAUCAUCGACACUCCAGGAUAUGGAGACACUCGUGGAAUCGAUCUUGAAAAAAAGAUCACCAAGAGUUUGCUUAGUUUAAGUAAAUCUGAUGAAGUGAUUCAUGAAAUACAUGCAGUGUGUCUGGUUAUUAAAGCAACACAGAAUCGACUCUCUGACAGACAAAUAUACAUAUUUGAUGCUGUUCAGUCUUUAUUCGGAAGAGAUAUUGCUGAAAACAUUGUCCUGCUCUUCACAUACUCAGAUGGAGCUCGACCUAAAAAUGCCCUGACGGCUGUUAAAGAGGCUAAAAUCAAGUGUGCAGUGAAUGACAAGAAUCAGCCAGUGUAUUUCCGGUUUAACAACUGUCAGUCAAAAACUGAUGAAGAUGAUGAUGAAGAUGAGGAAGACCGCGAACAGAGGCUGAAUCAAUCAUGGAAUCUCAGUUUUAAAGGAAUGAUGCAAUUAUUCAAGUUUCUUGACACAAUACAACCAAAAUCCCUAAAGAUGACCCGAGAUGUGUUGCAGAAACGGAAGCAGUUGGAGGCAAAUAUUUCCAAUCUAAAAGCACGUGUUCAAACGACAGAACUAAAGCAAAAUGAGCUGAAACAAACUCAAGAGGCUCUGGAGAAGAACAAGGAACAUGCAAACUUUAAAUAUGAAGUUGAAGUGCCCUAUAAAGAAUGGGUUGAUAUUGAUACUUCUGUAGCCAAAGCAGCGAUGUGCUGCACCGUCUGUCAGGAGAACUGUCAUUAUCCAGGAUGCUGGUGGACCAGUGAUCUUUCAUGGUGCAGUUCAAUGAGAAAUAAUCAUUGUACAGUGUGUACAAAUAAAUGCCACUUCAGCAAACACAUCAAAGCAGCGAAAAUAUAUGUAACAAAGACAAAGAAAGAGAAGAGAACAUAUGAAGAUUUACAGAAGAAAUAUGAUGGUAAGAUUGGAGACGGCAAGUGUGUGGUCAAGAUGCUGGAAGAGGAACUGCAAGAAUUAGAGAAAGAGAAAAUAAAGCUGGUGAAUGAAGCUUUUCACUGUGUGGAAACUCUGGAGCAGAUCGCACUCAAUGCUGAUUCUCUACUCACACUUCAGCACAUUGAUUUUCUGAUUGAGAAGCUGAAGGAAAUAAAUGAGUCUGAGAAAGCUGGAACACUGGAAAACAUCAAGAAGAGAGCAGGAGAAAGAAAGCAAGGACCCCUGGGAUACUUGGCAAGAUUUUUCAAAAAAUAAACACAAAUCAUGCCUUUGUUCAAAUUAUGCUGAAAACUGGAUCCUAAAAAUGUUUGUGCUUUGUUCAAAAGCAUGUCCUUCGUGUGAUGUUAAGCGAUAUUAUCAUCGAUCAUAAUUGCAAUAUUAUAUGAAUCUACAAAUGCCUGCAUUUCCCAUUUGUAAGUUGCUUUGAAUCAGCUAACUGCAUCUGUUCAAUUAACUAAGGUGAUAUUCGUUUAUACAGUAAGAUGCUAUUGAAAAUAUAGCAGUGAAACUGUAAAAGAAAUUGUUAUUCAUCAUAAAAUUAUGUGCAUGUAAUCAUUGUCAGACUGUUUUAACUGUAUUAUCAAGCACUGCCAUCUAGAGGCCAUAUGAGAAACUGUUGAG